UUUGCGAUGGUUUAUCAUCGUUACACUUUGAAGAUCUUUGCUGAAGCCAAUAUAAAAUCAUAGAUUUAUUUUUGAAUGAAACGCGUUGCACUUGCAAACCUUAAAAUCGUUAGCUCAAGAAAAUGUAGCUUAGAAUUUACAUAGUUUAUCACCUAUAAGUGAAGCCAAACAUAUGUAGAAUUUUCAACAAAGUUGUUCAAAAUGUAAUAAUUAACAACUUUGCUGAAGACACGAUUAUUAUUUUUUUUCACUUAUUAAAUUUGUUUCAUUGAUCGAGUUGCCCCGAAAAUGAAUUCAAAUAUAAACUAAAAGUUAGUAGAGUUGCUCAAAACAUAAACUUUUCUAAAGACAUUGAUCUUCAAGCAAAUGUUUUUCUCGGGUAUCAUUUUAAUGAAAAACAACAAAAUACCUUUUCAAAUAGGGCAGUAGAGCAGUUAGCAAGUGCAGUGUGACGCAGCUACCUCCGCUAUGAAUGCUCAACUAUCUCUAUUGAUGUAUAUCCUGAUACUGGCAGGGAUCGAUGGACAAUUUGAUUGGUUCAAUAUAUGGCUUGCGCAAAUGGACCGAUACAACGAUAUGUGCAAUGGGAUGAAGCAAAGUCCGAUACCACUGUUAUCCGCCGGAUCCUUACCACCCGCCGGAAUUCAACCAUUGGAAUUUUUGGGUUAUGAGCAGGAUCCAAUACACGUGAGUGUAAUCAACGAUGGACAUACAGUCGUUUUCAUGUUUCAAUAUCCGUACACCCAGCACAUCAUUGCCCAGGGUGGUCCUCUGCGGGGUCGUUUCCGGUUUGCCAGUCUUCACUUCCACUGGGGAGCAAGUUCGGAGCGAGGAGCCGAGCAUGUGGUUGACGGAUUUCGGUACUCUAUGGAGAUGCAUCUGGUCUUCUUCAACGAGAUGUAUGGAUCGUUUUUGGAAGCUCGUGACCAACCGAAUGGCCUAAGCGUGCUGGGAGUAUUUUUCCACAGUAUGCCCACUGGAGUCUACUACGGUUGGGUUCCAGCCCUGGGUAUGGUUCAAUAUCCGAAGACUAGCUUUGCACUGCCCGACCCGUCGGUAUUCAACAUACAGGAACUCAUCGGGUCAAUGCGGGAACCGUACUUUUCCUACCGCGGAAGUUUGACUACUCCUCCGUGUUCGGAAACGGUCACCUGGAUUGUACAGAAGAGGCCCCUGGCGAUUUCCGAGGAACAGCUAGGUUUUUUCCGCAUGCUCCAAGACGAACACGGUCAGCCCAUGGUCGACAACUACCGGGCGCUGCAGCAUGCCAACGGAAGAAUACCGAAUUUAUAUCGGCAAAGUCUAUGGUAAUAUAUGUACCAUUUAGCUUAGGAUUUUCAACGGAAGUGCAAGCAGCACGAGCCUGCAUCGUACUGUUCCUUUGAGGCCGCUAUGCCCACUUUUGGGUUAUUAGGACAAAAUAAAAAUUACAAUUGCAGAUGAGACGGGAAAUGUCACUCACUAAAACACUGCUUAAGGCCAAUUGCAGCGGGCCGUGAUUCUUAAUGUGAUAUUCAUUGUACGGUUCAGAUAUGUGCGGGCGUAG